CCACCCCCAGCGCGGACGGGGUGGAUCCUGCACACUCCCCUCCCCUGAGCGCCGGCGGCAGGCGCUGAAUGAGAGACGCGGACGGCUCCGGCCGGAGAGCGCUACCCGCGGCGGCUGCGGCAGCGGCGGAGCGUGAGGCCAGCGUCACCCUUCCAUCCUCCGAGACGACCGCCCCGGCUGCCCAGGAAUAAUGCAUUUGUGGUCCUGGACAUGAAAUAAUCAGUCCUUUUGCUGCUGACAUAGGGUCAGGGACUGAUGAAGGAAGCAUGGACCUAAUGAACGGACAAGCAAGCAAUGUUAAUAUCCCAGCUACUGCUUCUGAGAAAAGUAGUAGCUCUGAAUCAUUAAGUGACAAAGGUUCUGAACUGAAGAAAAGCUUUGAUGCAGUGGUCUUUGAUGUUCUUAAGGUUACACCAGAAGAAUAUGCGGGUCAGAUAACACUAAUGGAUGUCCCAGUAUUUAAAGCUAUUCAACCAGAUGAACUCUCAAGUUGUGGAUGGAAUAAAAAAGAAAAAUAUAGUUCUGCCCCAAAUGCAGUUGCCUUCACGAGAAGAUUUAACCAUGUAAGCUUUUGGGUCGUUAGAGAGAUUCUUCAUGCUCAAACAUUGAAAAUUAGAGCAGAAGUUUUGAGCCACUAUAUUAAAACUGCUAAGAAAUUGUAUGAACUGAAUAAUCUUCAUGCACUUAUGGCAGUGGUUUCUGGCUUACAGAGUGCUCCAAUUUUCAGGUUAACUAAAACGUGGGCGUUAUUAAGUCGAAAAGACAAAACUACCUUUGAAAAAUUAGAGUAUGUAAUGAGUAAAGAAGAUAACUACAAAAGACUCAGAGACUAUAUAAGUAGCUUAAAGAUGACACCUUGCAUUCCCUAUUUAGGUAUCUACUUGUCAGAUUUAACAUACAUUGAUUCAGCAUAUCCAUCAACUGGCAGCAUUCUAGAAAAUGAGCAAAGAACAAACUUAAUGAAUAACAUCCUGCGGAUAAUUUCUGAUUUUCAGCAGUCCUGUGAAUAUGAUAUUCCCAUGUUGCCUCAUGUCCAAAAAUAUCUGAACUCUGUUCAAUAUAUAGAAGAACUACAAAAAUUUGUGGAAGAUGAUAAUUACAAGCUCUCAUUAAAAAUAGAACCAGGGACAAGUACACCACGGUCUACUGCUUCCAGGGAAGAUUUAGUAGGUCCUGAAGUAGGAGCAUCCCCGCAGAGUGGACGGAAGAGUAUAGCAGCUGAGGGGGCCUUGCUGCCGCAGACACCUCCGUCUCCUCGGAACCUGAUUCCGCACGGGCACAGGAAGUGCCACAGCUUGGGUUAUAAUUUCAUUCAUAAAAUGAACACAGCAGAGUUUAAGAGUGCAACGUUCCCAAAUGCAGGGCCAAGACAUCUGUUAGAUGAUAGCGUCAUGGAGCCUCACGCACCAUCUCGAGGCCAAGCUGAAAGUUCUACUCUUUCUAGUGGAAUAUCAAUAGGUAGCAGUGAUGGUUCUGAACUAAGUGAGGAAACCUCGUGGCCUGCUUUUGAAAGGAACAGAUUAUACCAUUCUCUGGGCCCGGUGACAAGAGUGGCACGAAAUGGCUAUCGAAGCCACAUGAAGGCCAGCAGUUCUGCGGAGUCAGAAGAUUUGGCAGUACAUUUAUAUCCAGGAGCUGUUACUAUUCAAGGUGUUCUUAGGAGGAAAACUUUGUUAAAAGAAGGCAAAAAGCCAACAGUAGCAUCUUGGACAAAAUAUUGGGCAGCCUUGUGUGGAACACAACUUUUUUAUUAUGCUGCCAAGUCUCUGAAGGCUACAGAACGCAAACAUUUCAAAUCGACAUCAAAUAAGAAUGUGUCAGUAGUAGGAUGGAUGGUGAUGAUGGCUGAUGACCCAGAGCAUCCAGACCUCUUCCUGCUGACUGAUUCUGAAAAGGGAAAUUCAUACAAAUUUCAAGCUGGCAGUAGGAUGAAUGCAAUGCUGUGGUUUAAGCAUUUGAGCGUGGCCUGCCAGAGCAACAAACAACAGGUUCCUACCAACUUGAUGACCUUUGAGUAGAAGCCUGGGAAAUGUGAGGCGAAUCCCUGUUCCCAGGCGAGCGCGGGACCUGAUGAGCGCGCCAGCUGCAGACCAUCCAUGCCAGGGAGAGCCUGAGGCGCCACCUCAGCCUUUGGAGUUUUGAACCAAAAAGCACUCAUUUCAGGGAAUGAAAUGAGAUCUUCCCAGAGAACAAAUUGGAGUUACAAAAUAAACUGCCAUGAACUAUAUGGUUCUUAUCUCUAAACUGACCUGUGGAAACCACUGCCUUAAAGAAUGAAAGGAAAACCAACUGAAACACCAAAUAGUGUGUGUGAAUCUUCUGGCGGUGCUGUGCUUGAAAUAGAUCGUAGCUAAUUUGCGUUUCUUUUACCUUUGUACUAAUUUCAGAGGGGGGAAUCAUCUUUUUUAGAUACAAUUUAAAAAUUCUUAUUGAUUACAUCAGGAGCUGGCUUUGAGCUGCAGUGAACGGGUACUUUAACUUAGGGGUUAUAGCAGCAGCCCACCCGCAAGGCUGGUUCUGCCUCUGCUCGUGUGUCCCCAUCGUUCUCUCACAUGGAGAGUGCAGGCUUUGGAAAUGUUAACUAUGUCAGUUGUCGAGGUUUAUUUGAGAUGGGAGGUGUUUAUUUUGGUUUAGGUAAAAGGGACAUCUUUUAAACACUAAACUUCUGAAUUUAGUACUGUGUGGGCAACAUUAUUUCCUGCAGGAGGCACAAAGGCCAAGUGUUCAUUUGCCAGGCCGUUUCUUAAAGUAAACUCCAGAAAACAUGGUUGUUUCUAACUGGAGUUAAAACUUAGCUUUACAUGAAUUCAUCGUUGGACCACAGAUCUGCCUAAUAGAGAACCACAAUCCUAAGCUAAACUUUCCUGAGAAGAUUUUAUAGUAACUAGCCUUUUCCUUGAGUUGAUUGGAUUAUCCCUUCUCCCAGUCACAGGUGGUUUUUAUCAGUGAAGGUGUAUUAAUAUUGGUAUUUUUCCAGGAUAUUUUCUUUUACAGUGUUUAAUGUGCAUAAUGCCAGUUUUUUGUUGUCAUUGUGAGUAUUCACUUGUUUUUGUUCAGUAUGAGAUUCAAGAUUGUAUUUGUUUAAAAGAUUGCUUAUUUAUGUUUUAAGAGAGAUUAAAAAAAAGUUGGAUGUUCUAGGAAUUUUAAGUAUCAAAUCUUUCCUUCUUGGGACUGGGGAUUUAGCUUAAUGGCACAAGCGCCUGCCUGGCAAGCGUGAGGUCAUAAGUUUGAUCCCAGAGACAAAAAACAUUCAUUCUUACAUGACUCAUCGCAAGCAUACCAAAACAUUUUUUCAGAAAACUUACUGAUAAUUCCCUUACAUGAAACCUUAUUUUAGCAUUAGUUGACUAAGCCAUUUUGACAGAAUUCUUCUAUGCAAUAGUGCAUUUAAUUUCUAAAAUGAAUGUUGAAUUUAAAGUUGAAAUGAGAGUGUAAAAUACCUUAGAAUUUUAUAACAAAAAAAUAGCAUUUGAAUAGAGAUUCCACAUUGAGUAUUACAUUCUUGCGAGGCAUCAAAAAUUUUAGCAGUGACUUAGGGAGGGAAGUGCUUUUUGAUUGAUACCUGCUUGUAGACUUUGUUACUUUAGGCCUCACAUAAAGUUUCUCACAUAUAAAUCCCUAGAGAAUUGUACUCUGUUAUAUUUUGUUCAUUAAAAGAAUAUACAUGUUUAAUAAUUAGCUAAAAAUCUAUCCAAAGGAAAGUGAGAGCUUGAGUGUUAACGUUUAUAAAUUUAGUUGUCUGUUUGGAAAGAUGAUAAGAGUUCAAAUUCAUUUGUCAUAUGAUAGAAGUAUGUUGUUUCUGGUUUUAGUGACAGGCCGAAGAGGACAAAAUGUUGCCUGUGCUGAAAGAUUUUUCAGUUAGUGCUCUAAGGUUAACCCAUGUUGGGUACAUAGAAAGACAUCAUCUGCAUAGCCAGCAGUAUUAAUGUAGAGACCUUACAUAGCUUUUGUUUUGCAUUUUUUUAAAUUUCCUUACUUUAUUUCUCUCUAGAAAUAACUAAGUGUAUUGCUUUUUUCUGGAAAAUAUUGUGAAUAAGAACCCUGUGGAUUUUGGUAUUUUGUUUGUUACAAAUAACUUAAAGUAGACAUGUUUAGGUUAACCAUAUCUGUGGAAAUAUGCAGCUGGAAGUCUGAGACUGACGUUACAGUGUUGCCAAAGAGAGAGCUAAGAUGGUGUGUGUGAUGUCUCCAGCUCUACACAGUGGCUGGUUACGUAGCACAAGCAUAGAGUUCAAAUUCGGUUAACAGUUCAGAUAGAACUGUGGCCUUCAGCUGACUGAACUCAACCCAGUAGUGCAGUAAAAAAUCAUUAUUUUUCUAUCUUCAUUAUUCCAUUCAAAAAAUGACACUUUUUAGGUUAUUUUCUCAUAUCAAACUUUAAAACAAUUGAAGUACUGGUGAGUUUUGAUCUAAAUUCAUAAAAUAUGAUUAUAAUUCAAGCAAGUCAGUCACCGAACUGUAUUAGUUUAUUAGUGAGAUGAAUCUUUUUACUGGUUGCAAUUGUAAAUUGGUGAUUCAAAAGCUAAACAUUGCCAUCAAUAUUAAGCUCAUUUGUUUCUAUCCUAGUCAAGAACUCAUUAGAAUUUCAAUUAAAAUUUAGGUUGGUUUACAGACAUAUUAAUUAGCAUAGUUGAUGUCCUGGUACAGUGAUAUAUAAUACUAACCAGAAUACAGGUUGAGGCAAUCCUAUUUAACAACUUACUUAAAACUAUAAAAAUUACAUAAUGACCUUCCUCAGCACUGUUUCGGUUAUGUAUCUGUCCCUUCGGUGUUCAAGCUCUGCUCAUUUUUCAGAGUAUUAUUUUUACCUUUAAACUGUAAAAAUUGAAAGAGCAUUGAUCAAACUCACCUUCCUUUUCUGUUUUCCUGUGUAAAUAUUAUUUGUAUAAACAUUACAAAAAGGGAUUCAAACAAUGAGUUGGAGUGUGUUGUUUUCGUGUUUUUCUUUUCUUGUCCCCAGGCAUGAGCGCCAAUAAUGAAUAUUUUUCCUGUGUGGAAAGCGCCAUACAACUGUUGCACUGCUGUCUGUGUGCGCUGCCUUGGUGCUGGGUCUUUCUGUAUGUCAAGAGUCAGGGUAUUUAUUGUCAUAAAGCUUUUGUUAGUGGCUCUUUUCCUCUUGUGGAUGACUGACAGGAGCCCAGCAAGCGUUACUGUUACAGAAGGAAAAAAGAAUAGAAAAAUGUUUACAGUCUCUUGAAUAUCUGUUAAUUGAAAUAGGGCCCUCAUAGCCUGUCUGGAUUACUAGGAUUUACCUGGCCAGAUGCCUUUUGUGUAGUUCCCCCCCCCCAAGGUUAAAUCUGUAAGGUCUAUACAUUUUAUUACUGAAAACAAAACUAUAUAGUGUCAUAUUAAUUAGAAAUCAGUACUGAUUUAGUCCAUUGGCUUUUUAAAACAACUCACCGUUUUUGUUUUGAGACAUUUCUUCACAAGCAAUUUUUGAGCCACCAUAUUUUCUUCAUAAACAAGGGCUUCUGAACAGAAGAUAAAGAAAUCCUCCCCCUCAAAGGCUGUUGACAUAAUUGGAUCCUUUUUAAAUUGGAGGUAAAUGCAGCGGUGUUGUGGUGGAACAGUGAUGCUACUGCUGAAUGAAUUAGUCCUACAAAGUAAGUGAUGAGCUUUGUCUGAUUUCUUUUAGUGAGAGUUUAGGGUUUGCUCCCCUCCCCCUCUUUUGUAUUCUUGAAAACUUAGUAAAUUCAUGAUUUUCUAACCAGUGUGGUAUUGUUUUCUCUAAGUCUUUAAUACAUAAAAAUUGCUAUUAAAUUGCAUUAAUGUUAUUUUUCAUGUGAACCUUUUCAAAAUGAUUUAAAGUACCUUUUGAGUUUGCUCCCUAAAAAUGACUUGUGUCUAAAAUGACUUUUUUCUAUUUAAAGGAUUCUAAUGAAAGAGAUCUGCAUACAAACUUUUAUUAAAUGUAUUGAAAGCAAUUUCACUACAUCUGUAUCUCAGGUUGUAGUGUGAGGAAAGUUUGGUCAGUGCCUUAUCAAUGAAGACCAAUUUUAGGGCAUUGAGCAUAACGAGAAUCAUUUUCCCUCUUCAGGAGUGUGCUAUCCGUCUCUUCACCAGCUUAAUCUUACCGCAAAAUGAAGGAAGUCUGUACAGACACUGCCAAGUACUUGUUGAAGUCAUCCUUGGUUUUUGAGUCUUUUUUAUACAAGUUCUGUCCCUAUUUUCCUCCUUUCUAGGUAGGAGAUUAAAAAGAAACCCACUCCAACAAAGCUUUCAAUAAACCUUUAAGCAGAACUUUGAAGAACAUCCAUCCUGCUAGUUCAUGUUUUAUUUUGUUGUUGUAAACAUAGAUUUAAUGAUAAGGCUUUUUUGGGACAGCCUCUAAAAACUAAGAUGCAUCCAGAAGAUACUUGGGUUUUAUUAAAGUAUUGAAAUCUUGUAAUGACAGUCCCUUUGGGCAGAAAUGAGUUGUAAUGUGUUCAUUCUUGUACUUCAAGAAGAUCCAGAAUGAGUGAGCACUUAACCUACCAGUUACUAUUUGCCUGAAAAUACUAUGCAAGAAAGUAAACAACUCCAGUAUACAAAUUAAAGAGAAUCUAAGAGUUCAGACUCACUUUGUCAGUGAAAGAAAAGCUUAGAAAUAUUUUGCUUCUCUUGAGAUUUUGGAGGACCUAGAACUACUGUUGUUUAGCUAUGUCAAGAUAACUGUUUUCACAUUUUUUAAAGGGCUAGUAUAUUUCCAGGGUAGGCCAGUAGCUAUAUAGUCUUUAAACCCAAAUGAAAGGGUUACCUGGUCCUUGAGGGUUAUUAGCAAAAUUUAAAUUUUAUUCUAGUCACUUGGAGUGCAAAGAAGUGGUGGAAUUAAAAAAAUUAUGUAAUUAGGUGUGUUUUAGGGUAGAACUUCUUUCCUUAAUGAAACUAUAAAUACUAGUUAUGCUUUAGAAACCAGGUAACAAGAUAUUCUUUUCCCUGAAAAUACCAAUUAGAACUACUGCAAAUACAGUCAAAUAAUUAUUACAUGUGACUAAAGUAGCUGAUAAAACAGCAGGCUCUCAAGUGUUUCUGUACCAAAAUGCCAUUGUUUGACAACCUGCUGAAUUACAUGAAUGUGAAGAGGCUGGCGAUCUGGUUCACAGUAGCCUAAAGGAAAUCAGAAAUCUGUAGGGAUGAGUACCCAAUGUUUGAUAAUGCAAGGAAAACACAAGCCAUUUUUCUUUACCACAGUCCAUUUGAGGUAUUCUGAUAACAGCAUUCAAUUGCACUAUGACCUUUAUGAGUGAUGUGCAGCUUGGUUCCUCUCACUUUUUGUUUCAAUAUGCAAAUGUGAGUGUGUGAUCUUCAGUGUGUUUGCAUAACAAAAUUUAAGAAGUUUUUUGAACUAUUUCUAUUGAAAUAAAUCCCUAAAAAAUUA